GUGGGGACGCGGCGCUACAUGGCUCCCGAAGUCCUGGAAGGAGCCAUCAACUUCCAGCGCGACUCCUUCCUGCGUAUCGACAUGUACGCCUUCGGCCUCGUCCUCUGGGAGCUCGCGGCGCGGUGCACCGCCGCUGAUGGCCCGGUGGAUGAGUACAUGCUCCCGUUUGAGGAGGAGGUGGGUCAGCAUCCGUCUCUGGAGGACAUGCAGGAGGUCGUCGUGCAUAAGAAACUGCGACCAGUUCUGCGAGACUACUGGCAGAAACACGCGGGUCUGGCCAUGCUCUGCGAAACCAUCGAGGACUGCUGGGACCACGAGGCCGAGGCUCGCCUGUCCGCCGGCUGCGUCGAGGAGCGCAUCGCCCAAAUGCAGCGCCAAGCCCCCAUCAUCGGCCCCGAGGAGAUCGUCACCGUCGUCACCAUGGUGACCAACGUGGACCUCCCGCCCAAGGAGUCCAGCUUAUGAUCUGCCGAUCGACCGACGGCGGACGAGCCAGCAGAAACACGGAUCAACACGAGGGGAUGAACAGCCGACCCUGGUUGGUUGGCGUUGUUUUUUUUUUUUUUUUUUUUGGGUUCUUUCUUUCCGUUUUUGUUUUCCUUUCCUUUAAGUGCGGGCCGCUACUUCAGGAAACACCCUGCGCCCACCUCACCGCAUCAGUCGAUAUCCACCUCAUUUUGAUAUGUGUGCCUGAGGAUUUUAACAUUUUAAAAAAAAAAAAAAGAAAAAACUCUCAUCCCGAGCAAAAAAAACGAUUCAGGAUACGACGAGUGACAGUGCUGACACGCUGGGACGACGACACCCAACAAACACUUUUAUCAUGUAUUGUUUUAUACACACACACACAUAGGAGGGCUGCUCGAAGACCCGGCGGAGAAAUCUCACCGAACUCUCGGUGCAUUUUAGUGUAAAAAACGAAAAAAAAAACAAAAAAAGACGAGCACCUGGCUCUCAUUUGCUGUUUUCUCGUGUGCGUUUUUUCUGAAGAAACGACUAUCGUUCUGCCAAUAAGCAACGGCUUCUGAAUGUUUAUAGUGUAAUGCUGCUGUACAUAGUGUAUUAUGGACCCAGACGACUUGGUAAUCAAGCUUAUUUUAAAGGGGCGAGGGGGACGGGGGGAGGGGGGGUCCAUUUUCAAGCAUUACGACGAUAAAAAAAACCAUAAACCUCCUUCAACCAGGUAUACCUCAGUUCAGAUGGACACAGUUUAAAUUAGUCCCUCUCCCUGUUCACGGUCAUAGCUCACAACCUCGGCUCUCCACGACAUCCAAACGACCUGCUGUGACGCUCAUGGGUAAUGUAGUCCGCAACGCCUCGAUACACAUGGCCAUACACACCAAGUGUUUCUCCCUUUUUCCUCCCCUUUCUUUCUUUUUUUUUGACUGAAUAAUUACUUCCUUUUGUUGUUUAUUUGUCUUCUGAUAAUGGGGAAAAAAAUGUUGAGGUUUUUUUUUCCGUUUUUUUUUUUUUUUUCGGUUUGCCGUGUCAACUGUCAACGGAGUAAUAAUAUCUGUCGCUGACAAGCCUAAUUUUGGCCGUGAGAUCUGGAUCUAUGUAUUUAUAUCUCUCCAGGAUUAGCGCUGGGCACCAACUUAUCGAAAUCAGAAACGCGCUUCAAGGUGGUCAAACUGUCGGAGCGCAGUUUUUUUCGUUUGGUGCGCGGCCCUGAUUUGGAUUUAUACCUGUAUUUAGCUGAGCCAGCUUGCUUUUGAUUUGAUUGCACACAUCUCUUUUAUUUUGGAUUACUAUCAAGAGUUUCUGCUCUCUUUUGAUACACCUCAGGAAUCUUUGCUACUCACCACCUCCUCACAUCCUCCUCCUCCUCAUCCUCACCUGUCUCGGACUGGAGUACCUCCGCUCUCGCUGAUUCUCACGCUUCCUCUGUCUUUCUCGCCUUGUCUCUACUUGUAUUAGCCGUGCUGUCAAAAAGUCAAAAAAGAGUCUUUGCUGUCUUUAGGGCAAGUUUUUAACACUAACAGGUAACAAGCUGGAGGAACUUUGCCUUUCCCUUUUGUUUUUAUUUUACUCUGCGUGUUUCCAUCGACUUCAUUUUCUGUGCAUUUUCAAUUUGGGCAUAAAAAAAACACAAGUUGAAACGCAAGUUUUUACGAUUGGGAAAGGUCGAAAAGUGUGAGGAAUAUGCAUCUGAUCGCAUCAAAAACAGAUCAAAGUGAAUAAAUAAUAAACGAUGAUGAACUGUUAUCAAUAUUUCCAUAUAUUAGCCUGUAAAUUUGCAUUUUCUUUUGCAGAUUUUCUGAAAAUUCGGCUAAAAAUUUGCACAACAAUCUUAUUUGUCACCUCCUGUGUUUUCUGUCGCAGAAUAAGAUCCGUCAGAGCUGCAACUUUUAUUUGACUGACGAAUUUGUCCAUCAAGAGAAAAUUAAUUGGCAAUUACUUUGACAAUUUAAUUCAAUUUUUAAUUGUUUUAGCUUU